AUGCUAGUCUUUAAUAUUGCAACGGUGAUCUUUUGGCUACUGCCAGUGGAUGCAAAGAGUUACGAUAGCUCGAAUUCACAUUAUGACUUUGUUAUUGUCGGUGGCGGAACCAGCGGAUUGGUAGUUGCUAACAGGCUUUCAGAGAUGAGAGAUUUCACUGUGGCAGUUAUCGAAGCUGGAGAUUCAGUUCUAAACAACUACAACGUUUCUACCACUACAGGUUACGGGCUGAGUUUCGGAACAGCUAUCGACUGGAAAUACCAAACCGAAGACCAAAUAUAUGCGGGAGGAUCAAAACAAAUUAUGCGUGCUGGAAAGGCUAUUGGUGGCACAAGCACGAUCAAUGGGAUGGCAUACACACGAGCGCAAAAGGCGCAAAUCGAUUCUUGGGAGAAGGUUGGGAACAAAGGUUGGAACUGGAACAACCUCUUUCCAUAUUAUCUGAAGUCAGAACAGUUCCAAGUGCCCACACCAGAUCAAUUUGCCCGGGGCGCCGACUACUACCCCAGCUAUCAUGGAGAACACGGUCCGCUCAAGGUCGGGUGGUCAAAAGCAAUGACCAACAGCAGUGUUCUUCCUGUGCUCGAUGAAACCUUUCAGCAACUGGGCGUGUCUUAUAAUAGAGACAUCAACGGUGGAAGCAUGAUCGGGCUGACAGUCCAUCCCGAUACGAUUGAUAGAGAGGAAAAUGUCCGUCAUGAUGCUGCCAGGGCUUACUACUGGCCUUAUGAAAAUCGCUCUAAUUUGAAAAUUAUAUCCAACACUUACGCAAACAAGAUCAUUUGGGACGAAAGUUCUGACAGUGAAGCAGUGGCAGUCGGCGUCGAAGUUACAGGAGUCGAUGGUAUCGAGACGAUAUACGCCACCAAAGAAGUGAUUCUAUCGGCAGGCUCUUUAAAGUCUCCGGUCAUUUUAGAGCUUUCUGGGAUCGGAAACCCAGAUAUACUGAAGAAGCAUGAAAUUCCUUUGAAGGUCAAUCUCUCAUCUGUGGGCGAGAAUCUGCAAGACCAGACAAACAAUGGUAUUUCUUACGAAGGAAAUGAGUUCUGGCUUGGUCUUCCAACUUUCUCGGUUCUUCCCUCGGUCGAGCAGAUAUAUGGAGAUGAUUUUUCAGCUGUUUCUUCUGCGGUCAACUCAAGCCUCGCGGAUUAUGCAAAGAAUGUGUCUUUCUCCUCAAAUGGAGCAGUUUUAGAAGCUAACAUAUUGGCUGCUCUUCAACUUCAACAUGAUUUGGUCUUCAAAUCGCACGUUCCCUUCGCAGAAAUCGUCUUGCUUCCAAUUGGACAUACGUUCUCAAGUGAAUACUGGCCUCUACUGCCAUUUUCAAGAGGUAGCAUUCACAUAAACUCCGCAGAUGCGACUCAAACACCCGAUAUCAACCCAAACUACUUCAUGUUUGAGCAGGACUUGAAAUCUCAGGUCGAUGUGGCGCGGUAUAUCCGAAAGGCAUUCGUCACCCCUCCAUUGAGCGAUCUUGUUGGGGAGGAACUUGCUCCUGGUUUCGAGCAUGUCCCGGGAGACGCAUCAAAAUCUACAUGGGAGAACUGGGUCAAGUCAAAUUAUCGAUCAAACUUCCACCCAGUAGGAACAGCCAGUAUGCUUCCUCGGGAAAAGGGCGGCGUCGUUGGUCCUGAUCUCAAAGUGUAUGGCACCAAGAAUGUUCGAGUCAUUGACGCUUCCGUCGUUCCAUUCCAAAUUUGUGGCCACUUGACCAGCACUCUGUAUGCUAUGGCCGACAGGGCAUCAGAUGUGAUUAAGAAGAGAUACAUAUUUUAA